AUCGCGAACCGGAGAACAGAUGAUCAGCUGGACCACUCCGACGACUCCGACACUGUAUUACUACUGUAUUACUCAACUUUUUCUUCCGGCUGAAUUCGCACCAAUUUGUAUCUGAAAAAUGGGUGAAAAUGUACAGGGAACAUUUGUAUCUGAGAAAAUUUCUAAAAUAAGGUGGCAGUUUGGAAAUUUUGUGGAAGCGAAGAAUUUUUUAACUGGCAGUUGGGAUAACCCUGUAAAUAAAAUAACAUAUUGGACAUUUAGAACAAAUUACGAUGAAGAAUCAUAUCCAGUAGUUUUGUCAUCGUAUUCAUUCCUUGGGGAUGUAACUGAAUUGAAAUUUAUCAGCAAAGAUUUCUUUGUCGCUGCUUCGUCUUUAGGUUCAAUAAGAUUAUUACAAAUUGAUGAGGAUGCAUGUACUGAAUUUAAGGAACACAUGGCAUGGGAAUUUAUACAUAGUUUUAAGACAACGGAUUAUGCCUCUUGCACUGCAUUGUCCAAUUUUGAACAAGAUAUAGCUUCAGUAGGAGAGGAUGGAAAGCUUAAUCUUCUCACAGCUACAGAGAAGAAACCAGUUAGAAUUAUUGAAAAUGCUGAUAGCUGUUCUAUAUAUUGUGUUGAUUUCUUAAAACACAAUGAAGUGCUUAUGGGAAAUUCAAGAGGACAUAUGAAAGUUUGGGAUUUGAGAAAUGAUCGGGAUAUGCCUGCAACUACUUUUAUGCUUUCUGAUCAAGUUAAGACAGCAGCUACAAGUAUUACACAUCAUCCUACACAAAGACAUAUUGUGGUCGCUGGUGGAGACGACGGCAGUUUAACUGUGUGGGAUUUAAGGCAGAACACUUAUCCAAUGUCGCAACUUAAUGCGCACACCAAAGCCGUUAGUGAGAUACUAUUCCACCAAGACAGACCUGAUAAUCUUUUCACUUGUUCUGUCAGUGGAGAAUUGUGGCAUUGGAAUAAUGCACAAAGUUCAAAAUUGAAACUCGAUUCUGCGGACAUGCAUUGGUUGAAUACAAUUAGUACAAAUGGAAAAGUUAACGUGACUUCACUGUGUGCUGCUAUGCACAAACCAAUAAACAGUAUUGAUAUCAAUAGAUCGAUGCUGCUUUGUGGAUGUGACAAUGAAGCUAUGGACAGUACCGUUGCCAAUAAUAUAACAACUCCAGGGACAACGGCAGCAAAAAGCCAAGUGCAGUUCAAUCCAUAUACCAUGCUGCCGUAUACGCCGAGAUAUUAUGAACUUUACAAGAAAAGAAUAACUUUACCUGUAUUUGAAUAUCGUACUGAUUUCAUGAGAUUGUUGUCUCAGCAUCAAUGCAUUGUUCUUGUUGGAGAGACAGGUUCUGGCAAAACUACACAGAUACCACAGUGGUGUGUAGAGUAUUCAAGAAGUAUUGGAUCCAAAGGAGUCGCUUGUACACAGCCUAGAAGAGUGGCUGCAAUGAGCGUUGCUCAAAGAGUUUCAGAAGAAAUGGAUGUUGCCUUAGGUCAAGAAGUAGGAUACAGCAUCCGUUUUGAAGAUUGUAGUUCACCGAGGACUGUGUUAAAGUACAUGACCGACGGUAUGUUGCUUCGGGAAGGGAUGUCUGAUCCCAUGUUGGAUGCCUAUCAAGUGAUACUGCUAGAUGAAGCUCAUGAAAGAACAUUAGCUACUGACUUGCUGAUGGGUGUUUUGAAAGAAGUGAUCAAGCAGAGACCGGACUUAAAACUUGUGAUUAUGAGUGCUACCUUGGACGCUGGAAAAUUUCAACAGUAUUUUGACAAUGCUCCACUUAUGAACGUACCUGGUAGAACGCAUCCAGUCGAGAUAUUUUAUACACCAGAGCCAGAGAGGGAUUACUUGGAAGCAGCAAUAAGAACUGUUAUUCAGAUACAGAUGUGUGAAGAAAUUCCUGGGGAUCUUUUGCUAUUUUUAACUGGUCAAGAGGAAAUUGAAGAAGCUUGCAAGAGAAUAAAAAGAGAAAUGGACAACUUGGGACCUGAAGUUGGUGAAUUAAAGUGCAUACCAUUGUACUCGACACUGCCGCCGAAUCUUCAACAGAGAAUAUUUGAACCUGCUCCGCCUACCAAAACUAACGGUGCUAUCGGCCGCAAAGUUGUCGUUUCGACCAAUAUCGCAGAGACAUCAUUGACUAUCGACGGAGUUGUCUUUGUCAUAGAUCCUGGUUUUGCCAAGCAAAAAGUAUACAAUCCUAGGAUUCGUGUCGAAUCUCUUUUAGUGUCACCUAUUAGUAAGGCUUCAGCGCAACAGAGAGCCGGUCGUGCUGGUAGAACAAGGCCUGGAAAGUGUUUCAGAUUAUACACAGAAAAAGCGUAUAAAAACGAGAUGCAGGAUAAUACCUAUCCUGAGAUUUUGCGUUCUAAUCUUGGAAGUGUCGUAUUGCAAUUGAAGAAACUUGGCAUCGAUGAUUUGGUGCAUUUUGACUUUAUGGAUCCACCUGCGCCCGAAACUCUUAUGAGAGCUUUGGAACUUUUAAAUUAUUUAGCAGCUCUGGAUGAUGAUGGAAACUUGACAGAUCUCGGCGCAGUAAUGGCGGAAUUUCCUUUGGAUCCCCAAUUAGCAAAGAUGCUUAUAGCUUCUUGCAAUCAUAAUUGCAGUAAUGAGAUACUCAGCAUUACUGCUAUGCUCUCAGUCCCACAGUGCUUUGUGAGGCCGAAUGAAUCGAAAAAAGCAGCAGAUGAUGCAAAAAUGAAAUUUGCACACAUUGAUGGUGACCAUCUGACGCUACUGAAUGUAUAUCAUUCUUUCAAACAACAUAUGGAUGAUGUUCAAUGGUGUUACGAUAAUUAUGUAAAUUAUCGAUCGCUGAAGAGCGGAGAUAAUGUAAGACAACAAUUAAGUAGAAUAAUGGAUAGAUUUGUAUUAAAACGCACUUCGACGGACUUUAAUUCAAAAGAUUAUUACAUUAACAUCAGAAAAGCUCUCGUUAAUGGUUUCUUCAUGCAGGUAGCGCAUUUAGAGAGAACAGGACAUUACCUGACUAUCAAAGAUAACCAGGUAGUGCAACUUCAUCCGAGCAGUUGUCUCGAUCACAAACCAGAAUGGGUUAUUUAUAAUGAAUUUGUGCUCACUACUAAAAAUUAUAUCAGAACAGUCACUGAUAUUAAACCUGAUUGGUUACUCAUGAUAGCACCACAAUAUUAUGAUCUACAAAAUUUUCCUCAAUGUGAAGCAAAAAGACAGCUCGAGCUCACUCAGGCGAAGUUAGAUUCUAAACAAUAUCAGGAAGGCUUCUAACCUCUAUAUACUUUAGACGUGUUUGGAAAUCGCAAGAAACAGUCGAGAUUGCUCAGUCAAAAUCUGCUUUUAUCAUGGCGAAUUUCAGCACACGACUCUUCUAUUGGAGCCACAUCACAUACAAAACAUUGUGAGACACAUUAUGAAGAAUCACUUUCUGUCCUUCACCCAAAAGGCACAGAAAAACAUUAAGAUUCAAAUAUUUAGAUUUUUGUAUAAGUCAGUGACUGGCUUGUACUAUGUAAAAAUUGAAUCUUUGAAAGUUAAUUUAAAUUUUCGAUAUUUAAGUCAAAAGAUAGAAAGGAAAUGGACAAUUUAUUAACUUGAGACACAGCAAAAGCAAAGUUAAUCGAUAAGAGGGUUAUUUAUGUACAUUUAAGACAAGAUUUAGUCUCUAAGUAAUUUUAACGGUAGAGCUCAUUAAUCGACGUCUACAUUCGAAACACAUUCGGAAUGUCAUUAGAUAUAAUAGAUUAAUUUUUGUAUUAAAUGUUGACCGUAUAAUGUGAGGAAGGUAUAAAGUGGCCACUAUAUAGAGUGAUCUUUUACUAUUCUAAGAGAAGGAGUGAUUUUUUCCUCACAUUAAUUCAAGAGAAAAAUUUUAUAUAAUCAUGGCUACGUUCCAUUUAACGUUCGCAACAUUCGCGAGUGUCAUUUAUUCUUGUUUAACAUUUGAUAAACAGCAAAAAUGAAAUGAUUC